AUGGAUAUCAUGAACUUACAGGUUGCACCAGAUGCGGUAAUGUGCAAGGCAUUUCCCCAAACCCUCAGGAAUGCGGCUAGAGAUUGGUUUUCCACAUUGGAACCUAACCCCAUCACCUCUUUCUCAGAUUUGGCUGAUAAGUUCUCCGCUUUCUUUGCAAGCAACAAACGAACCAGAAAGACAGCCGCAUCGCUCAUGCAGAUGCGUCAAGAACCCAACGAAACACUGCGCAGUUUUAUGACUAGGUUCAAUAAAGAAAGGCUUCAGAUCCCCGAUCUACAUAUCACAGCUGUAGUCUCAGCUCUAACUUAUGCCAUUAAGUGCGAAGCGUUCAAAAUGUCCUUGUCUAAAACCCCGUCGAAGUCAGUAACCGAGCUACUCACACGGGCUGAGAAAUACAUCAAUAUGGAAGAAACCAUGGCCCCAAAAAGGGAAGUUACAUCAUCAGGGAGGUUGGAUUAG